AUGGGGUCGCGGAGGGCUGUGGGCCGGGGCUGGGGCCUGGGUGUACGGGCAGGGGCGGGUGGUGAUGGCGAGGACGACGGGCCGGUGUGGACGCCCGGCCCGACUAGUCGCAGCUAUCUGCUCAGCGUGCGGCCGGAGACUAGCUUAUCAAGCAACCGGUUGUCUCACCCCAGCUCUGGAAGGAGCACUUUCUGCUCCAUCAUUGCCCAGCUCACAGAAGAGACCCAGCCGCUAUUUGAGACCACACUCAAGUCCCGGGCUGUGUCCGAAGACAGUGACGUCAGGUUCACCUGCAUUGUCACAGGGUACCCAGAGCCAGAGGUGACCUGGUACAAAGAUGAUAUAGAACUGGACCGCUACUGCGGCUUGCCAAAAUACGAGAUCACUCACCAAGGCAACCGUCACACCCUGCAGCUGUACAGGUGCCGGGAAGAAGACGCUGCCAUCUACCAGGCCUCUGCCCGGAACACCAAGGGCAUCGUGUCCUGCUCAGGGGUCCUAGAGGUGGGCACUAUGACGGAGUACAAGAUUCACCAGCGCUGGUUCGCCAAGUUAAAGCGCAAGGCUGCAGCCAAGAUGCGGGAGAUUGAGCAAAGCUGGAAGCAUGGGAAGGAGGGCUCAGGGGAGGCCGACACUCUUCGCAAGAUCAGUCCCGACCGCUUCCAAAGAAAGCGCCGACUGAGUGGAGCGGAAGUGGCGGUCCUCUCAACCCCCGCCAGGGAAAUGGAAGAAGGGUCCUCGGCAACUUGGCAGGAAGGAGAGACUGAGUCUGCUCAGCACCCAGGUUUGGGUUUGAUCAACAGCUUUGCUCCUGGAGAGGUACCCACCAAUGGGGAGCCUGCCCCAGAGAACGGCGAAGAUGGCGAGCAUGGCUUGCUGACGUACAUCUGUGAGGUCAUGGAGCUGGGGCCCCAGAACGCCCCUCCGAAGGAGUCUGGGGCUAAGAAGAAAAGGAAAGACGAGGAGUGUAAGCCGGGAGUACAGAAGCCAGAGUUAGAAAAGGCAGAUGGAAGCCAGUGCGCUUCAGAAAAUGGUAUCCCCAGUACAGACAAACCCAAUUCCAGUAGAAGAGAGAAACCCGCCGAUACACAGCCAGCUCAGACCCAGCCCAGAGUCAGGGGAGCACGUGGGCCUGGGCCUUCCGGAACAGAAAGCGCCAGGAAGUCAGCCUCUGCUGUGGGCAUUCAAGACAAGAUCCAGAUUGUCGCUGCACCAGCCCUGGCCUCUGUCCCAGCCCCUGCACCAGUCCCUGCACCAGCCCCUGCACCAGCCUCUGUCCCAACCCCUAGCCCAAACCUCAGCUCAGAGCAGGUGUAUUUCUCCCUGAAGGACAUGUACAUGGAGAGCACCCAGGGAGGCAGGCCCCAAGAAGAGGAGAUGCCUCCACCUGCAAGAACCAGGUUACCCAGAGAAGGUCCCUCAGGGAAAGAGCCUGUCAGGGCUCGAGGUGAGAAGGUACCUGUGGCCUCUAGCCAGCCCACACCUUCCAUGGUUCCCCCGCCUAUCAAGCCUUUGAAUAGGAAGAGAUUUGCUCCUCCUAAACCCAAGAUGGAGCCCACUACCACUUCUUCCUCAAGUCAGGCUCCAGAAUCUAUGGCCCAGAGCUUAGGGAAGGCUCCACCUCCAGCCUUGGCCCAGGUCCCCACACCUCCUGCCCGACGGAGACAUGGCACCCGAGAUAGCCCCUUGCAAGGACGGACAAGCUUCAAGACUCCAGGAGAGGUUCUGGAGUCCCAGGCAACCAUGACUUCUGCCACGUCUGCCAGCAGCAGUCCCGAUACCAUCUCUGUUGACCAUGGCACCCCUGGAACUCAAGGCGUCGUGGAGCCCAUGGAUACGGACACUCAGGAGGCUGGGAGGACGCGUGUUGAUGGGAGAGUUGGAGGCAGGAAGAAAACACAGACAGAUGGAAAGCCGCAGGUGGAUGGAAGGACCCCGGGAGAUGGAACACGAGCCUCCCGGAGGACACAGUCUGAUGGGAAGGCACAGGUGGAUAUUGCGACACAAGAAAGUGAGAGGCCGCAGUCAGACAGGAGUUCACAGAAGGAUUCAGCGACACAGAGAAGGGAGGAUAUGCAGGUAGGACAGACACAGGCAGAUGAGAAGUCACAGCAAGAUCCGAGAGACACAAGGAUAUGUGAAAAAAAGGAGACACAGUUGGUGGACAGCAUCCCUACAGCUUUCAAAACCCAGCCAGAGCAACCAUCUGUGGUCAACCUCAGCUCAACACCCCGAGCCUUUAAACCCUCACCAUCAGAAUGCCCUAGAACUGAUCAGGUUAUGGAAUGUGUUGAGACGAGCCCGGAAGCAUCUCGUGUCCAAGAAAAAUCUGGUUUCAUGCUUAGGUCUGAAGAGCCCCCAGUGACAGCCUUCAGAAGUGAUGAGGACACUGGACUAGAUCCCGUGUCAGGGAACUAUGUGUGCCCAGCACAGCUGCCUCCUGAGGGGAACUCAGCACAGUUGGGAGGAGAAACACAUCAAAAGUCAGAGUGGUUAGGUCCGGUCAAGGCCAAGCAAGAGGGCAGUCUGUUUCAGUGUCCCAAGGAGGAGCAGCCGGUGGAAACGCUGUCUGUGGAUCUCCCUGGUGGGCAUCCAGCUGGCUUGAGUCAGGAGGUGCCCGCCACACCCUCUUUUUCUGGAACUGGCCUGACCAAUAGACCGCAGGAGGGGCUACCCAGCACCACAGCUUCUCAGCACAUGCGCAUGGGCGACUUCCGCCCCACCAGGGACAAGGACCUACUGAGUUCUGCUUCCACUCUACAAAUGGGGCCAGGGUCCCCCACCCAGAGUCACCCACCAGAAGUCACGGCUCCCAGUAGUGAGGGAGUCUGUGCCAAGGAGCCGAAUGCGGAGGGGAGCUCCUCAGGUCCCCGGAGCUGUGACCCUGGGCUUAUAGAUUCCCUGAAGAACUACUUGCUUCUGCUGCUGAAGCUUUCCAGCCCGGAGACAAGCGAAGCCAGGGCAGACUCCCAGGAAGAGGCUGCUGCUGGAGGCCCAGCUUCCUCCUCUACUCUGGUCCCCACCAUGGAAGUGGCAGGCCUGAGUCCCAGGACAUCCAGGCGCAUCCUGGACCGCGUAGAGAACAAUCACUUGGUGCAGAGUGCGCAGACCCUGUUGCUGAGUCCCUGCACCUCCCGCCGCCUCACCGGCCUCCUGGACCGUGAGGUACAGGCUGGCCAGCAGGCCCUGGCUGCUGCCCAGUGCUCCCGGGGCCCGUGCCCCAGCCCCCUUACCAUUCCUGCCAUUGUGGUGGGCGAGGAAGGCUCUGGUACUUGUGAGGAAGGGGAUUCCAGGGAGGAGACCUCCCAGGAAAGUGACAAGAACGGACUGCUAAGAGAGGUGGGUGGGCAAACGGUGGAGGGUAGAACCCAGGAGCCCUGCCAGGAAGAAGCGACCCCAGGGGAGGCUUUGACAGGUCUCCCUGCAGCGACACCCGAGGAACUGGCUCUAGGGGCCCGGAGGAAGCGGUUCCUCCCUAAGGUCAGAGCAACAUCAGAUGGAGAUGCGAACAAGGCUGAAGAAAGGGAGAGCCCCACAGUUUCCCCUCGGGGACCCAGGAAGGGCCUGACACCUGAGUCCCUAGGGACUCCAGGGCGGGAGAGACGGUCCCCUACCCAGGCCCGAAAGAGCAGCAUGCUAGAGGUGCCCGGGACAGAUGAGCCUACAACUGGAGACCUGGGCUCCAGACCCAAAGCCGGUGCCUUGGACUCAGAGCCUGCCCCAGAUGAAGGCAAGCAGGAAGCUCUAGCCAAGCCAAAGAACGCCAAAGACCUGCUAAAAGCCCCACAGGUGAUUCGGAAAAUUCGGGUGGAGCAGUUUCCGGAUUCUUCUGGCAGUCUGAAGCUCUGGUGCCAGUUUUUCAAUAUCGUUAGCGACUCAGUCCUGACAUGGGCGAAGGAUCAGCACCCAGUGGGCGAGGUGAGCAGGAGUGCAGGGGACGAGGGCCCGGCGGCCUUGGCCAUCGUGCAGGCAUCUCCCGUGGACUGUGGUUUAUAUCGCUGUACCAUCCAUAAUGAGCAUGGCUCUGCCUCAACUGACUUCUGCCUUAGCCCUGAGGUGCUGUCUGGCUUCAUCUCCAGGGAGGAAGGUGAAGUUGGAGAAGAGAUUGAGAUGACCCCCAUGGUGUUUGCCAAGGGUCUGGCUGACUCUGGCUGCUGGGGGGACAAGCUCUUUGGGCGAUUGGUGAGCGAGGAACUUCGAGGGGGUAGACAUGGAUGUGGCCUUCAGAAGGCUUCCCAGGCCAAGGUCAUCUACGGGCUAGAACCCAUCUUCGAAUCCGGCUGCACGUGCGUCAUCAAGGUGUCCAGCCUGCUUGUGUUUGGACCCAGCAGUGAGACUUCUCUUCUGGGCAGAAAUUAUGACGUCACUAUCCAGGGGUGCAAAAUCCAGAACAUGAGUCGGGAGUACUGCAAAAUCUUUGCAGCUGAAGCCCGGGCAGCGCCUGGUUUUGGGGAGGUACCUGAGAUCAUCCCACUCUACUUGAUCUACCGGCCUGCAAACAAUAUACCUUAUGCUACACUGGAGGAAGAUCUGGGCAAGCCCCUGCAGUCUUACUGUUCCCGGCAAUGGGGCUGGGCUGGGGCCCCAGCAGCAUCUAGCAGCUCAGAGGCCAUGCAGAAAUGCCAGACCUUUCAGCACUGGCUGUAUCAGUGGACAAAUGGCAGCUUCCUUGUGACUGAUUUGGCAGGGGUUGACUGGAAGAUGACCGAUGUCCAGAUUGCUACCAAACUUCGAGGGUACCAAGGCCUCAAGGAGAGCUGUUUCCCUGCCCUGCUAGACCAGUUUGCCUCGUCCCACCAAUGCAACACCUACUGUGAGAUGCUGCAGCUGAAGCCCCUCAAGGGCCCUGAGGCUGUCCACCCCCAAGCCAAGGCCAAAGGCUCCAAGAGUCCAUCGGCUGGCAGGAAAGGCUCCCAGCUGAGUCCCCAGCCACAGAAGAAAGGCGUUCCCAGUCCUCAGGGUUCCCGGAAGAGUGCUCCAAGCUUCAAGGCCACACCUCCGGCCUCUGAGGCAGUCACUGUUCAGUUAGUAGGACAGGCCCCUGCCCAAGAGGGGAGCUCUAAGGGCCAGGGCUUGCGGUAGCCCCCCUUGAGAGGCAGGGGGGCCUCUACCUGAGAGUAGACCAACAGGAAGCAGCUUGAACCAGAUGGAGACGAUUUCACUUCAGGACUAAACAGAGAAGGUACCCAAAGCAGCUACCCCUUGGGGACCUCUCUCAGUAACUUCACCUCAUUGAAAGGCUUUGGGCAUGGUACAUGACCUCUUGGCCUCGUCCAGUGCCAUGAUUGCCCAGUCUCCCAGGCCUCACAUGGGCGGUGACCUCAGCCCUCAUUGAAGUUUACACUUACCACUGCUGGAGGCUCCCUGAGUCCUCUGCAUGAGCUCUGCACUCUUGGCCCAAGCCCCACACAAGCAAACGUUGCUCUCUGGGGCCUGCGGGCCAGCAUUUACCUUUUCACCCCUGCUUGCCCUGGCUCUCUCCCUGUCCUCAGGGCACUAGACUGCCUGUGGGGUCUAGCCUUGUGACUCUCAGGGUUUCUCCUGCCAGCUUUGCCUCACUCAGCACAGCUCAUCCUGCGACUAACCUGUCCCGAGUCCAGAUGGGGCCCAGGGCCCUUCUGGAGCCGCCCACCGUGUCUUUGCAGUGUUUCUGUUUGCUCUUGUUUUGUUUUCUUUGAUGGUAUACGUUCUUGUCACUCUGGCACUUGCUUCUUUCCCAUGCUCCCUUGCUCAUCUCCUCUCCCCAGGCUUUGAACCCAUUGCAGUCUGCUGCCUGCCCUUCGCUAGCUUUUGCUUGUUCCUUUGUCCAAGGGCUCCUUCCAUCCUGACCUCGCACCCUCCCCACCAAUGGCUAGGGGAGGAACAGCCUCUCUGGCUUCACUCCACCGCAAUGCACUCUGCCCUGGUUCUCCUGGGUUCUCUGCUCAGGAGGAGGGAGGUAGCAUGAGGGCAUGUGAACAGCUGGAGGCAGACAGAUGGCUUUGACUUGGAGGCACCUUGUGCUCUGUUCUGAAUGCCGUGAGGUUGCAGUCAAUGUCACAUCUCUGUCCUAAAGCAGUGGAAGACGGGGCUCUUCCUCCUAAGGGAGGGGACACGGUGUUCCAGGAGGGUCGCGAUCUUCUGUGUGCUCCGGUAGAGAAAGAUGUCUCUGAACCUACCUCCAACCAUUUGCUCUUGAUCCUGGGGCUCAACUCCAGAUUCUCAGGUGUGGGUUCCCAGGAAAUUUCUGCUGGGUCCAGCCCCCUGGGUCUUUCUAGACAUCCCUCCUUGAGACCCAGGAUGGGAUAGGUCUGGAUCUAGCCUGCCCUCCCCCCUCUUGUUAAGCAAUAAAAGGCAGCAACUGUGUGUCCUGUUUGUUGCCCUCAUCUGGUGUGA